AACGACCCGACCGGCCCCGUGACUUGGAGCUGACCGACCUGGCCGAGAGGAGCGUGCGGCUGACGUGGAUCCCCGGCGAUGACAACAACAGCCCCAUCACAGACUACAUCGUGCAGUUUGAGGAGGACCGGUUCCAGCCUGGCAUGUGGCAUAACCACUCCAGGUACCCCGGGAGCAUCAACUCGGCCAUCCUCAGCCUCUCUCCUUACGUCAACUACCAGUUUCGGGUGAUUGCGGUGAAUGACGUGGGCAGCAGCCUGCCCAGCAUCCCCUCCGAGCGAUACCAGACCAACGGGGCACGUCCUGAAAUCAACCCAACAGGAGUUCAAGGGGUAGGGACCCAGAAAAACAACAUGGAGAUAACGUGGACGCCUCUGAAUGCAACUCAAGCUUAUGGGCCCAACCUCAGGUACAUCGUGAGGUGGCGGCGAAGGGACCCCCGGGGGAGCUGGUACAACGAGACGGUGAGGGCACCGCGGCACGUGGUGUGGAACACCCCCAUCUACGUCCCCUACGAGAUCAAGGUGCAGGCGGAGAACGACUUCGGGCGAGCGCCGGAGCCCGACACGGUCAUCGGCUACUCGGGGGAAGAUUUGCCCAGCUCCCCCAGGUAUUUAAGAAUCCGGCAGCCAAAUCUGGAAAGCAUCAAUCUGGAGUGGGAUCAACCAGAGCAUCCCAAUGGAGUCCUCACAGGAUACAACCUUAGAUACCAAGCCUUUAACGGAUCCAAAACGGGCCGAACCAUGGUAGAGAACUUCUCCCCCAACCAGACAAGGUUCACCCUGCAGAGGACAGACCCCAUCUCCCGCUACCGCUUCUUCCUGCGCGCCCGGACCCAGGUGGGAGAAGGAGAAACCCUGGUGGAGGAGUCGCCAGCCUUGCUGAAUGAAGCCACGCCAACCCCAGCUGCCACUGAGCUGCCUCCAACGACAGUCGAGCUAACCAGUACUACAACAACCCCAACUACCACCACCACCGACACAACUACCACAACUACCACCACUACUGACACAACUACCGACACAACUACCACCACCACCACAACUACCACCACUACCACCACCACUACAGCCGCCACCACCGUCGCAAGCACCACAGCAGCUACCGAGAGGGCUCCGGCAGCCACCACAAAGCAGGAGUUGGCCACCAAUGGAUCGUCCAUAUGGGACAUAAGAGCUAUGGCUAAUAGUAACUGGGCAAACAUCACCUGGAGCCACAAUUACUCUGCAGGAACUGACUUUGUGGUUAAGUAUAUCACCAGUAACAAGACAGAGAAAUCUAUCCCCGUUAAAGCGCAGACCCCUUCCUCUGUGCAGCUGGCGAAUCUGACGCCGGGGAUGAUGUACAAGCUGUGGGUGUUCCCCAUAUGGUCUAGCCCCAGCGAGCACUCGUACAUAACCUUUACCACCAGCUCAGCUUAUACCAAGAACCACGUGGACAUCGCAACGCAGGGCUGGUUCAUCGGGCUGAUGUGCGCCAUAGCUCUCCUGGUCCUGAUCCUGUUGAUCGUCUGCUUCAUUAAGAGGAGCAGAGGUGGGAAAUAUCCAGUGCGCGACAAUAAAGACGAGCACCUAAACCCCGAGGACAAGAACGUAGAGGACGGGUCCUUCGACUACAGCGAUGAAGACAACAAACCCCUGCCCAACAGCCAGACCUCCCUGGACGGCACGAUAAAGCAGCAGGAGAGCGACGACAGCCUGGUGGACUAUGGAGAGGGGGGCGAGGGGCAGUUCAACGAGGACGGCUCCUUUAUCGGGCAGUACACGGUGAAGAAGGACAAAGAGGAGACCGAAGGCAACGAGAGCUCGGAAGCCACCUCCCCAGUCAAUGCCAUCUACUCCUUGGCGUAGCACGAUGCAGCGAGACCACAAACAGCCUGGGGUGUUCGUAGUGGAUGGGGGUUAACCAACAGCCGCCGCCGCCACUACCUCUGACAGAAACGUGCGAAUGAAACCAACCGACGACGACAAAAAAA